UGGCAUCCGGGUGAGAUCGCUGCUCAACAAGCAAGAGGAUUUGAAGAUGCAGUUUGGGGAGGAUGGGAAGGCUAUCAUGACGGAGCACCAGAUUGGAUGAUGGUUUUCUUGAACCAAUUAACAUUUUUAAGUGUUACAACGCUUGAUCAACAAGGAAGACCUUGGUCAUCAAUCUUACACAAUGAUGGUAACACGGGCUUCAUCAAAUCCACAGAUACGGAACAUCAUUUCACACUUUCUAUACGGGCUGCAACCGGUCUACCAAUUCGUGAUUGUUUACUUGAUUUACAUAAACGAUUCAAGGAAGGAGAGACUGCUUUCGAUCAGGAUGGCGUACCCAAAAUCGCAUUUCAAAUGGCCGGCGUGGGUAUCAUGCUACACAACAGGAGAAGAAACAAGCUCGAAAGUGUGAUUGUUGCCGUUCAUACUGUUCCAAAAGAUGAAAGCGAAGAUCAAUUUGUAUUUGAAGCACAGGCAAUCAGUACAUUCGGCAAUUGUCCAAAAUACAUCAAUACACGGUUUCUUCAGCCCAGCAGUCAGACGAAAGUAAGUCCUAUUGUACAGUCGAGCUCGCAAUCCGGUCAAGAUUUACCCAAAGAGGUACUAGAUCUGAUUGCAAAUGCGGAUAGCCUAUAUUUAGCAUCACGUUAUUCGGGCAACGAUCCUACCUCCUUUACACCGGAUCCACCUAGGCUGGGCAACAAUCAUCGAGGUGGUUCUUCGGGAUAUCUCCGAACAUACUGGGAUGCAGACCGUCAACGCAGAUGUAUAAUAUUACCCGACUGGAGCGGAAACCGAUUGAUGAUGUCUUUUGGUAACAUAACAAAAGAUCCGGUUGCGGGAAUUGCGAUUCCAAUCUGGACACAAAAUCAAGAAGAAACAAGCAGUGUGAUCUAUGCUACUUGUUCUGCACAAGUAUUAGCAGAUGAAGAAGCGCAAGAUCUUAUGCGAGGGGUUCGCGGAGCAGUAAAGAUGUGGAUAGAAGAUUGGACGUAUGCAAAAGGCACGAUACCAAUGUAUGUGAGAUCAGAAGAGAAAGCACAAGCACCAAGUAUCGGCUGGUCUCCAUACAAUCCUCCUGUCAGACUACUGAAGAGUGAAAAGGCAAACACAGCUUAUCCACUUGAUGCUCAAUCGAAACAAGUUCGAGCCGAUAUGGUCAAUGCUCAUUUUUGGUCAGAAUCAGUGGCUACAUUCACGUUCUCAGUAGAUGAUAAUCAGAUUUCCUCCAAGUUUAGACCCGGUCAGCAUAUCGUGAUAGAUUGUUAUGAUGCAAUGGAUACCCGACUAACAAUGUAUACACAUAUGGCACAAUUUCGAGGAGGAGAGAAAGAUCUAAACGAUGAUGGAACACGAAGUUGGACGAUUGCAUAUGCAGCUCCUUCUCCUAAAGGUGGAUGGCAAUUCGAGAUCGUCUUGCGCAGAAAGGAUAGAGGUGGCGUAACGCCUACGCUAUUUCGUGUUGGCAAAUACAUAAGUGAGGCAUUGGAAGAAGGUAUGGAUCCACCUCCUUUCAAACCAAAGAUGAAUGUGUUGGGUUUGGACGGUUCGAGCUUUUUACCAUCUCGUAAAACAACGCCCAAAAAUCCUUUGCAUCUUGUAUACUUGCUGUCAGGUAUUGGUAUUACACCCGUUCUUUCUCACCUUUCUUCACUGGCCAAAGAUUCAAACAAGCAUGCAAAUAUUCUGAUUCUUCUUGCAACACGUAAGAAUGAAGCAGGCAUAAUGCAGGGAAUUCUUCGAGAUGCAAUUAGC